AAACCAAAGAAUUAACAAAUGAACAUAAUGUGCAAUGGACAAGAUACAAGACAAGGUACAGACAUAUAGUGCAAUAACAAACAUGGAGUGCUACAAUAGAAACAUAUAAAUACAAAAAGUGUAAAUAGAAAUGGAGGAAGUAUAGUUUGAAAUGAAUUACUAAGCUCAUGAAACUUGGCCAACUUGUGUACUCCAUCAUAAUCUGCAAUAAUACUGGUUUAUGUUCAAAAUUAUUUUAAGUCUGCUCUGCUCUUCCAAGCAGUGAUAAUGUAAUUAGACAGAUAAAAACUAAACUCUCUGUGAUAAACUCUCUUUGAUAAGUUGCACAUCUGUAGUAUGUUGCAUAAGUCUACCCAAAGGUUUCUCAAACUGAACAGAAAUGUUACAGGUAUGAAAAUAGACUGUCUCCAUUUUAAUCAUUUAUGUAUUUGUGAGUAGUAAAUAAAGGGUUAAACCUCUGUGCAGCUUGGUAGGAUCCCAGCUGAGUGUGUGACUGGAUGGUGAGGCACCUGUCCCUGCUGUCAUGAGCUGAUGUUAGUCAGCCUGCACAGUUUCUCUGCACCAGUAGCACUCCUGAAGGCUGCAGCAGGAUCUCCGCACCAGCAGCCUUCUCACACUCUCAGCUCGGAGAAUGGAGAGAGCCAAUCACAUCAACAUUGCAAUGAUAGAAGAUAUCGGCACCAACGGGACAACCAGGUCAAAGGUCGUCACAGCCAUGGACCAGAACAAGCAGCCGUGUGGCUCCACUGUGAGCUUCCAUAACAUCCAAUACAAAGUGCAGCUGAAGAGCGGCUUCCUCUGCAAACGGAAAACCAGUCCCAAGGACAUACUGGUUGACCUCAAUGGGAUUAUGAGACCGGGUCUCAACGCAAUUCUUGGACCUACUGGGAGUGGAAAAUCUUCAUUUUUGGACAUUCUGGCUGCAAGAAAGGAUCCAUCGGGUCUCUCAGGGGAAGUACUCAUUGACAAAGCACCACAGCCUCCAAACUUCAAGUGCCUCUCUGGCUAUGUGGUUCAGGAAGAUGUGGUCAUGGGCACCCUGACUGUGAGGGAGAAUCUGCGUUUUUCUGCAGCACUGCGGCUGCCCAGCUCUGUGCCUCAGAGUGAGAAGGAGGCUCGAGUCAACCACCUCAUUAAAGAACUGGGUCUCACCAAGGUGGCUGACUCCAAGGUGGGCACACAGAUGACUCGGGGAAUCUCUGGAGGAGAGAGGAAGAGGACAAACAUUGGCAUGGAGCUGAUUAUUGAUCCUUCAGUUCUCUUUCUGGAUGAACCGACCACAGGACUGGACGCCAGCACGGCUAACUCUGUCCUGCUGUUGUUGAAAAGGAUGGCCAGUCAUGGAAGAACAAUAAUCAUGUCCAUCCACCAACCACGAUACUCCAUCUACAGACUAUUUGACACUCUGACUCUGCUGGUGGGUGGUAAAAUGGUGUACCACGGACCAGCGCCAAACGCUUUGGACUACUUCGCCAACAUUGGCUUUCCCUGUGAGCCCCACAACAACCCAGCAGACUUCUUUCUGGAUGUUAUUAAUGGAGACUCCACGGCUACGACCAUGACCAAAGUGCACGGCUCAGAAGAUUUGGACUUUGAGGAUUUCAGUGGCUCCAGGCAGAGCAUCGAGGAGCGCCUGGUGGAGGAAUACAAGAACAGCAGCUACUCCAGUGACACGAGAGCUGAGCUGGACCGCAUCGUCCAGGAUAAGAAGUGUAUCUCAUGUUCAAAGUCCCGCACCAUCACCUACAACAGCUCCUUCUUCCACCAGCUACGUUGGGUUCUUAAGAGAACCUUUCAGAACCUCAUGCUGAACCCUCAAACAUCUGUGGCCCAGCUGGGAGUCCACAUUUUCCUUGCCCUCAUCGUAGGCGCCAUUUUCUUCGGGGUCAAAGACGAUCAGAGUGGUAUCCAGAACAGGAUGGGCGCCCUCUUCUUCAUCACAACCAACCAGUGUUUCAGCACUGUGUCUGCAGCUGAGCUUUUCAUCAUCGAGAGGAAACUGUUUGUGCAUGAGUACAUCAGCGGCUACUACAGAGUGUCUGUCUACUUCCUCUCUAAGAUACUGUCUGACAUCACUCUGCGCACCAUCACCUCCCUCAUCUUCAGCUGUAUAGUCUACUUUAUGAUCGGGCUUAAAUCCACAGCUGCAGCCUUUUUCAUCUUCACGCUGACAGUGACUCUGGUGGCCUACACAGCCACAGCCAUGACCAUGGCCAUCUCAGCUGACCAGUGUGUCGUGGCUCUUGCCAACAUUUUCAUGACCAUUACGUUUGUCUUCAUGAUGAUUUUCUCAGGUCUCCUGGUGAACCUGCCCAGCAUCAUGGAUUGGCUGGCCUGGCUGAAGUACUUCAGCAUUCCUCGCUACGGCCUCGCAGCUUUGAAGAUCAACGAGUUUGUGGGUUUGAAGUUCUGUGACGAGGCUGUGAUCCGAAACACCAACAUGUCGGCUACAGUGACAAACUGCAGUGUGAGCACAGUCGGCCUGACAUGUACAGGUGAGCAGUAUCUGGACUACCUGGGAAUAGAGUACACCACCUGGGGACUGUGGGAGAAUCACAUGGCUCUGACCGCAAUGACCUUCAUAUUCCUCAUCAUUGCUUACCUGAAACUCCGCUACAUCAAGAAGUUCACUUAAAUGUGUGAUUAUGUAUAUUUUAUUGUUGUCUUCAAGGAACCAGGCAGGUAGAUGUUCAAAAAGAAUUUCACCAGUAAAGGAAUAGUAUGACAUUUUGGGAAAGACACAUACUGUACCUUCUUUUUACAUGGAGUAAGAUGAGAUGAUUGAUACCACUCUAUCAGGCCAGUUCACAGAACAGAUUGAGGAUAUUACGCAAGUGAUAUCACAGCGCAAACAUGCCCAUAAAGUCAUUUUAGGUAGUUGUUAUCAGGAUGCUGUGUGUUCAAGUGUUGAUUUUUCUGAUGCGUUUUGGUUUUAAUUAGAGGAAUUGACGACAGAUUGACGACAGAUUGAUUGGCUAUGUGUGGUGGCCGCGAUUGGUACUCAGCAUAGCAGUGAUAGCUACUGUGCAGACUGUGGCAUAAUAUAUCCAUAUUACCUAAUUCACAUACGUGCAAACAGAAAAGGAGCACCAAGUGUGGAGUGUGAGUGUGGAGCUAGAGCCAGGAGGCAGUUAGCUUAGCUUAGCGUAAAGAUUUAAAGCAAGGAGGAAACAGCUGACUGACUUAGUUCAAAGUUCAUUAAUAGAUCUUCCACAGCUAAAGCUUACUCGUAUGUUGUUUGUUUAAUCAUUACACAAACAGAAAUGUAAAAAGCACUUCUGCACAGCAUUUCUGUUGGUUGCCUGGAAACCUCACUGUGACAAUAAGACUCUGGGAAGUCAAAGUGUCUGGUUGUCAUUUGCCAGGCAAUAGUUGCAGCAUGUAUCUCAGUAUUAAAACACAGACUGCUGGUUUAGCUUUAGAGCGUAUUUUUUAACUUUGACAAGAGUCAGGCUAGCUGUUUGCCCCUGCCACCAGUCUCUAUGCUAAGCUAAAGUAGCCUUAACACAAUGUUUACAUAUUAUCUCCUUAUAAAGUUGUUAUGGUGAACGUGUUAGCAAACAGUAGCCUGUUUACUCAUCCAGCAGACAGUCUGCUGUGUCCAAAAGUCAUGGCAUGAGAGUCAACCAUAACAGUAAAGCUGCGUGACUUAAAACCAAAACCAAUUACUUUCUAACAGUGUGUUUCAUUCUUAAAUUAUAAAAAUGUUAAUUAGCUUUAAUUAGCAGUUUUAAUGAACAGAUAUGAGUAUUGAUCUUCUCAUCUUACUCUAAGCAAAUACACAAUUUUUCCCAAAAUGUCAAACUGUUUGAGUAAAAUACAUACCUAAAUGUAAACAUGAGUGUAACUGUCAUUGGUGAAAAUCAUUUGUCUCUGAAAAACUUUUUAGGAGCUAAUAAUAACUGUUCUUUAUUUUUCACAGUGUUGAAGUGAUUUUAAAGCCCGACAGAGAGUUUUCUGACAGUCGUUUCAAGAUUUUCACACAACAUUGACGUGAUUAUGUGUGAUGUGUUUCUUAUUUAUGAAUAUUUACAUUUACAGUAUUAUUUUAAAAUCAGAUUAUGCCUUUUUUCAGUACUUUUGUAACUCAGUAAUCCUGAUAAUUCAACUUUUGUACAAUUACUGAAUCUUUCUUAACUGUAAUUGAGCGCUGAUUUUUUUUUUUUUUAUAACUGUAGAUAUUGUAGAAUUAUAUCACAUACAUUGUUAGUAUGUGUAUUUUUUUGUUGUUACCAAAAAAAAGUCUAUACACACAUUUAUGUUCUGAUGCAGCUUUUUGAAAACAUGUAUAAACAUUUUCACUUAACACCAGACUUUGCAUUUUUCUUUCAGUACGGUGUGUUCUGAUGUUGACAUACAGCAAUUGUAUGUAAGUGUCAGUAAAGUUUUGGAUAAUUAUCUUACUUAAAAAAUUCUUGGCAACACUUUACAGGUCUGUAAUUUCGGGAUAGUUUCCAUGGAAGUUUUUUUAAAGGUGUUCUUUCAACAACUAAUUAUAAACUAUAAACUUUAAAACUGCAGCUAAAUACAGCGACCAAAAUAACAUAAUUUUGUGUCUAUUUCUGUAAGUGUAACUGAAUACUUAAAUUAAAUAGUACAGUAUUUGUACAUCAGCAGACACAUUUUUGAACGGAUUCCUGUGGUGUACAUUUACAGUUGUAAAUUUAAUGUUGCAUAACUUAUCUAGGGUAUCCUAGGGCCUAAAAUCAAAUAAAAGUAUAUAUUUUUUUUAUCAUUAUACACAAAAACUAUAUUAUUUCACUAGGUUUUAUAUAUUUGUACAACUAUAAGCAUCAGCAAUGAAGGAAAUGUGAUCAUAAUAUUAUAAAAGAGCAUUUACAUUCAAUAAACUGCAGAUGAGGUCAGUAGA